GCACCAAAGAUAUUCAUGGUGAACUGGUAUCAAGAAGGACCGGACGGAAAGCCGAUUUGGCCAGGAUUUGGUGAAAAUAUACGAGUGUUAGAAUGGAUUGUAAACAGGUGCACUGCACCUAACGAGACGCCGACAAAUGUUGCAGCUAUUGGAUUGCUGCCUCAGAAAUUAAAUACAGAG